UUCUGGAUACAAGAGGUUUUUUUCUCAACAUAACCAGAAAACCCUGCUUCUGUUGCUUGUGUUGCUACUCAUGGUAUUGACAUGUCAAUCUAACAAAAAGUCACAAUUCACCUAUGUUUUUGUGUGGUUGAACCUUUGGAUCGAGCACCAUUGUAAUCAGAACUGGGUUAGAACGCGUGAUGUCUUGGCAGUGAGGUAUGGGGUACGAAGUGAACCGGUUUGAUGGGGAUGUGGAUGAGGAGCUGAUUUGUCCAAUUUGUAGCGGCGUACUUGAGGAACCCUUGCAGGCACCAGCAUGUGAGCACGCAUUCUGCGCGACGUGUAUUCAGGAGUGGCUGACGCGGCAACCAACGUGCCCGGUAGACCGGAACCCCAUUACGCCCAACCAGCUAAAACCUGUGCCCCGUAUUCUACGUAAUCUCCUCUCUAGGUGUCAGAUAACCUGUGAUAACACUGGGUAUGGUUGCCAGGUGGUUGUGAAGCUGGACAUGUUGCCCAAUCAUCUGAACGAGUGUGAGUUCAAUCCAAAGAAACCAGUCCACUGUGAGCUAGGGUGCGGACUGGUUGUACCCAAAGAUGAACUCAAGGACCACAACUGUGUGCGGGAGUUACGCAACUUGGUUCAACAACAGAACCAGAAGAUGGUCGAGAUGCAGACGGAAAUAGCCGAGCACAAACUGCAGAUCAAUGAGCAGAAGAGGGAGCUACAACUUUUAAAGGAGUACAUGCGUUCCAUGCGUGUGUCCAACCCUCGAAUGAGAGAGAUACAGACAGAGAUGGAACAGUCGGACAUUGUCAGAUGGACGAACAGCUUACAAACAGCACGUGUAACACGAUGGGGCGGCAUGAUUUCCACUCCCGAUGCUGUGCUACAAGCGGUGAUCAAGCGCUCCCUAAUUGACAGCGGAUGCCCUUCCCACAUUGUUAACGAUCUCAUGGAGAACGCCCAUGAGAGACGAUGGCCGGCUGGACUGGCCACGCUUGAAACAAGGCAGAUUAACAGGCGCCAGUACGAGAACUACGUCACCAAGAGAAUACCAGGAAAGCAAGCGGUAGUGGUGACGAAUAUAGAGAAUCAACACAUGCCGGAAGAUUUGAUAAUGGAGCCCGGGCUUGUCAUGAUCUUUGCACACGGUGUGGAGUAGAACGCACUUUCACAUAUUGGACCAAACACAAAAUGUGGUUGGCAUCAUUUCUUAAGACCAAUUAUAGUGUGGAUGUUAUGUACAGCAGAAUAUGUCAACUUAUAAUGACCCAUUUCAAGUGUGGACAUUUUGUACAGCAGAAUAUGCCGGCUAAAAGUGAUCCAUUUACAAGUGCAGACAUUUUGUACAGCAGAAUAUGCCGGCUAAAAAUGAUCCAUUUCAAGUGCAGACAUUUUGUACAGCAGAAUAUGCCGGCUAAAAAUGAUCCAUUUACAAGUGCGGACAUUUUGUACAGCAGAAUAUGCCGGCUAAAAAUGACCCAUUUCAAGUGCAGACAUUUUGUACAGCAGAAUAUGCCGGCUAAAAAUGAUCCAUUUCAAGUGCAGACAUUUUGUACAGCAGAAUAUGCCGGCUAAAAAUGAUCCAUUUCAAGUGCAGACAUUUUGUACAGAAUUAUUUUUUCGCUUAUUUAUCAUGAUCAUUAGAAGUGUGGACAUUUUGUACAGUAGGAUAUUUCGGCCAAUCACACUUUACUCUAUCUGUGAUGUAGCAACGCUAGUGGCUGAUGAGUGCUUGUGACUGACGUUGUGUGAUGUCAUCAGACAGGGGGGGCACCUCAUAUUGUUUAUAAUACUGAUAACACUGUUCUAUCUGAUUUGAUGACAAAAUAAGGAACUUUGUUUAAUAAAGAAUUACUGUAUUAUACUGUGUUUACUCCUAUACACAGUAUAAUACGGAAAUGCAAAAAAUCGACAGUCUUAAGUGUAAGUUUCAUCUAGUUAUAAGUAAUAAGAGUAAUUGAUUGCAUUUUAUCUUUAUAAAGAUUUUUUCAUCUGGAGGUUUAUAAAGCUUGGUUGAUGACUGUGACUGUCAGGCUACAGAAUGUGGAAAUGGCUUUUAUGAAUAAAAGACUGUAAGCUAAUGUAACAGUUUUGGUCAUAAAUACUGGUUGUGUUGAAACUUGGCUCCAACAACUUCAACAGCAGUGGUUGAUAUUAACACAAGCCCACAAGCCCUGCACUGGUUAAAUGACUUUCGGAGUGCUAAAAUUGAAAAAUUUAUGUACAAUGUAGCAGGGCUUGUUUGAAAAUUUGAUGCCAAGCAAUAGUGUAAGAAUUUGGGCCUGUUCAUCCAAGAUUAAUUUCAAUGACUGCACCAGUGUUCUUGUUGAAUAAAAUGGUAAUUUAAAAUCAGUCAUGCAUAUUGUUAACAUUGUCUUACUAUCAUGCAUAUGGUCAACAUUGUCUUACUAUCAUGCAUAUGGUUAACAUUGUCUUACUAUCAUGCAUAUGGUUAACAUUGUCUUACUAUCAUGCAUACAUGUACAGUUGGAUUGAAAAGCAUUAUAACAACUAUCUUGAAGUAUUUGUGUAACAUGCAUUUGUUUAUUAAGUUUCCAAAUUUUUAUUUUUUUGUCCAAAUGAAAUAUAAAGAUUCGUUGAAUGAAAAUCUUUCCUUGUAUUUUAAAGACUGAGUGUUAUAAAUUGUUUAAUUAUUAAAUUGACAUUACUUCAAUGUGCAAUGAUUGAAAUAGUAGCAAUGUCCAUCUCAGGAAAAACCGUUACAUGUACAGGGUUUGACGUUAACUUUUUUGAGAGCUGGACCAGUGACUGAGUAAUUUUGAAAGCCUACUAGAACUGACCUUAACUGAACUAGACCAAAAUGUAAAAUUUGAAACAUGGUAAAAAGAACAUGGAACCUAAAUGUAUUUAGUGCUUUGUUAAUUCUGUACAUUGAAAUGGUUAACAUAGUUCAUGUGCUUUGUUAAUUCUGUACAUUGACAUGGUUAACAUAGUUUAUUUGCUUUAUUUAUUCAGUACAUUGAAAUGGUUAACAUAGUUCAUGUGCUUUGUCAAUUCUGUACAUUGACAUGAUUAACAUAGUUCAUAUGCUUUGUCAAUUCUGUACAUUGACAUGGUUAACAUAGUUCAUGUGCUUUGUCAAUUCUGUACAUUGACAUGUUUAACAUAGUUCAUGUGCUUUGUUAAUUAUGUACAUUAACAUGGUUAUCAUAGUUCAUGUGCUUUGUUAAUUAUGUACAUUAACAUGGUUAUCAUAGUUAAUGUGUGUUUUUAUCGUGUACAAUGACCUUAUUAACAUAGUUAAAGUGCAUUGUUAAUGCUGUACUUGACAUGGUUAACAUAGUUUAUGGGCUUUGUUAAUUAUGUACAUUAACAUGGUUAUCAUAGUUUAUGUGUGUUUUGAUCGUGUACAAUGACCUUAUUAACAUAGUUAAAGUGCAUUGUUAAUGCUGUACUUGACAUGGUUAACAUAGUUUAUGGGCUUUGUUAACUGUGAGCAUGUACAAUGUUUACUUUAUUUGGGAUUAUUGGCGUAGAUAUUUACAAAAACAAUGCUUUGUUUUUCCUCUCACAUUUAUUUGAUAACAUCCAAUAUUUUUUAUAACAUUUUGGACAAUUUUGUAUGUAGACAAGGGUAUGCCAUGUGUUUAUACUGGUACAUGUAUUUGACAUUUGUGUAACGGCCUAUAUUUCUUCUAUCCUUAGACAAGGUUCAAAUUCCUUACAAUAAACAGAUCUUCUUGGUUUUGAAUGUGUAAAAAAUUGUUUAAACAAUAUUAUACUGUUUACUUUAUUGGGAGAAUAUAUCACUGUUCAUAGUUCUGUGAGUUGUGUAUCGAAUUGUUAUAAAAUAGCGUUUUCGGAACAUACUACAUUCAUAUUGUUUAGGCUGUAUCUGUGAAUUUGCUUGAUAUUGUGUUUAAAAAGUGCUGUUUAAAUGGAUUGUUGUAUGUUGUCCCCUAAAUGUGAUAUGUACAUAGCUUAUGUAAAAAAAGGUAUUGUUUAAUUUUGCAUUGUGUGUGUAUACAGAAAAUUCACACAUUUUUUGCUCUUUUUUUUCUAAGAAAAAAAGUUGAUGCAUUGUAAUAGCCUCCUGGUGUUGUAAUUCAAAAUUCGUAAUCUUAACCCUAGGCCACAGCUCAAGAACGUUCAAGAUACAUGAAACUUGGUACACAUGUUUGUCAGAGACCAUGUUUGAUGACAUGAGUUAAUACCUUAAUGAUUAAGAAUGGGUGGAGUUAGCUUAGUGAACAAGCCCUUCUUAAUCAUUAAGAUUUUAUUUCAGGUCAUCUGACUUAGAAUACAACCUCAUUGGCUGACACAUUGUCAACGCAAAACCUGAUGCAGGAAUUGAGUUUGGCGGACCUUUAAACACCCGUGAAAGUCAUAAUUCUUAAUGAUUAAGCCUAGUACUUGAUAAUUACCUAUCUGCAAUUUCAUUGGCUGUAAAUGGAGGUUGUAUUCUAAACACAUAUGCUUAGCAAGGCCCACAACACUAGCUUUAAUAAUUAUUGAGUUAUACCCCCUGUUUGACUGAAGACAAAAAACAGACAAGCAUUUGCAUACAAUCUGUGGCUUGUGCAUUGGUGACAUACCUGUUAUAGGCAUAUAUAGUCGAACCUCGUUGGCUCUAACUCCCUUGAGACCGGUGAAAAUACCUCCAGCUUGCUAAAAUUGGAGCUAAGCGGGAAAUAUGAAUGCUUACCAGUACCUUCAGUAUAAAGCAAUUGGUCCGUUACAUCUGGUUCGAGCCAAUGAGGAAUUUGAGCCAAGCGAGUUUUAGCCAACAACAGGGUUCAACUGUACUUAUCUAUUCAAACAUAUAUGUAAUGAUUUAAACAUGUAUGCAAUGAUCCAUUGUAAAUGUAUACUAUGGCAUUAGUUAUUAAUUUUUGAAUGCUGCAUUAAAUCGUAGUUUAUUACAAUAUGUUACAUUUUGAUCCAUUUUCAUGGCUUGGUUUGAGCACUUGAAACAAGGCAGUCAAACUGCUGAUUUUCAUUGAAAGUUCACAUUUCCAAAUUUAAGUGUGAACCUUGCUUUUUUGUGAUAUCCCUUACUUGCAUUUGUGAUAGGAAUCUGAAAUACUUUGGAAAGGUUGAUUCUGAAAGGUUCAUUCUAUAGCAGGCAAGAAUAAAAUUUUCUGUAUGAUUACAAGAUAGAUCUCCUGCCUUCUAUCACUUUAAACGAAUGUCCCUGGUGCUAAAUGCAACUAAUGGAUCUAAUUUAUCUUUUAAUUCAUCGGUGAUAUAUUACAUCUAAGACAUGUGUUUUUGUGUUUUAAAGCUGCACUCUCAUAUCACUGGUGUGCAGACAUUAUCGCAAAAAAUAACUAAUUCUAAGUCCAAAAAAAAUAUGAGAGUGCAGCUUUAAAACAUAGAAACAUCAUUGUCACAAUCAAUCACCUUAUACUAAGCAAUCUAACAGAAUAAACCUUUCAGAUGAAUGUGCUAGAAAGAUUGUGUGUUUUAUAGAAACAAUGUACUUUGUAAGGGACAUGUGAUGCUAUAUAUAGAUAAAAGGACCUUCAGUUUUGUUAUAAAUAUGAAAUUGUAUAUAGGACCAUGUGAAUUCAUAUUAUUUAUGUUGUACUAAUCAAAAUAUUUGUUAUGUUAACAUGUUAACAAACUACAAUGAAUGACAUUUGUACAUCAUUGUUACGUAUUAACACAAUACAAUGCAUCAAAUUGUACAUUAUAGUUUUCAUCAUUUUUGCAAGAUCUGAAAUGGACAGAUUUUUAUUGUUCAUUCAGAAGGGAAUCAUUUCAAUCAGAGACAAACAUUUAUGUUGUGGUACAUAUAUGAAUGUCUCUGGUUAAUUUUUGAUACAUUUAUUUAGUCAUUAUGUUCCUGUCAUAUCAUGAUUAAUUUUAAAGGUAAAUGUCAGUGAAUCCUUUUUCAAUGGAAAUCUUCAAACGUUCUUGGAUAAACCUUAAAGAGUAUUGAUGUUAAGAUUUCUGUAAAAAAAAAUUUUUCGAAACUUAAAAAACAAAUAUAACACCCAUACUCACAUUUUCUUGAUUGUGUGAAUAUGUUAAGGCCAAUAUAAAUAAAUUGCUAGAUUUUCAUACAAUUUUUUUUUUAAAUGGGGGUGGGCAUUUCAAAUGGGGGCAUUUUAUUUUUUAUUUUUUAGAUAAUUAUUUCACCAUUGAAUAUGUGCUCAUGCUCUUUCUUACUGCAUAAGGGACCAUAUACUUGUUUGUGUAGAUGAGGCGCAAACACGAUCAUAACAAUUCUCCUUUUUUACUUGUGAAUGUUUACAUCAUGGUAUGAAUAAAAGCUGAUCCUGGACAGGACCGAUAUGCAAAUACAAAACUCAGUUCAAUAUUUUUUAUUUGAUUCAAUGAAAUUUAAGAAGUGGCAGAAAAAAGAGGGGCGGGUGGGGUUGAAAAUCUAGCAAUUAAUUUAUAGUCCGCUAAUGUAUAAUCUUGUUAAAAUCUUGACCUUAGGUCAAUAUCAGCUGUAUGGGGCACAGAUUUUUUUUCUUGAGAACUUUCUUAAAUGUAGAUAGAAUUGUUUAUUGUGUUACAUUUUUUACAAAUCAUUGUUUCAGCCGAGUUGUGGUAGUGUACAUAGUUAUACAGCUUGUUGCUUUCAUAAUAAAACUUCAA